CGUACCACCUAGCCGAGCCACCGGUUAGUAGCCGCGAUCCCCCUUCCGUUGUUUGUUUACCGCCCGUGUGCGUUACGUGCUGGUCGUUGGGUUGCCCGGCCGGGGACCAACGCACGACAGACAGUUUUAGUACUUCUUCAGUGUACCGGCGGUCAUCCCAGCCAAAACCCGGCUUCAUGAUCGGCUCAUUUUGGAACCUUUGUAGAGCGUGCCCAUCAAUGCCUGUAGAUAAGCUCCAUUCGGAAUAUAGAAGUACCUAUCGAUGGCACGAAUACACCGGAGGUCCCGAUGUCGUAAGAAAACCACCUGUGCCAAAUCAAUUCGCAGCCAGCUCGAAGGCGGAUCACUUUUUCUCGAAAUCAACGGAGGACGAAAAGUUUAUCGAAGCUUCGAUCAACGAACCGCCCUUGCCGAGGAGGAAAAAGUGUCCCGAGCUUGCCUAUCGGACGAACGAGUUUCUGGCUACUCGUGCUCAAAAUAAUGCCGCGGGCCACGAUCGUACCGAUACGGCGACCCAGAAUAGAGCAAGGUCUGAAGAGCGUGGAACACCUUCCCGUCGCAGUAAAUCGGAAGGACCGCCGGCAGGAGUCGCCAAUGGAAGGCUUCCGACCGGGACGGGAUACGUGAACGGAACCGCCGAGCCGCCGGUCUCGAGCGAGCGCAGGGCACUGGAACAGGCGGGUGAGUCUUCUACUAGUGGACUUUUCAAAAAAACCAUUACCAAACUGAGCACAGAGUAUCGGCUUCAGUUCGUGUGGCCACACGUGCGCCGCGCGAUCAAGGGCGGUCCCGUCGGCGGCGGUGGCGGCGCCCCGACAGCGGUCCACGGCGGAGGCGAUGCUGACGGUGCGGACGCAGUCGAUGCGCCGCCGCGCAAGUCCCUCUCGAUGGGGGCCCUCCGGGCGGCUCAGACCGGAACCGCUGGUGGCGGCACCAUCGCUUCCGUACACAAAAAACGAACGACUAACGAGCGAGAAGCCACCGCGACCGAGCUCGAGCCCCUGUUCAAUGACUGCGAGCCAGCGAUGGAGAAGCAACAGCAGCAGCAGCAUACCGAAAAGCGCGACAUGGCGCGUGUGGUCGAGCAGAAGGUGCGGGCGCUGCGCAUCGAGAAGGAGAAGUUUGGUUUCGAGCCGGAAGGGGGCGAGCGGGCUAGGGCCCAGGCCAACUCUGGCAUCGACAACGCCUGGUAUAAGGAGGUGCUGGAGCUGCGGAAGAAGGCCGGCGAGUACCGGAACCGUGGUUGGGGCGUCGAGAUGAAUCCGGAUCUCUUCAACAAGCAGGUCGAGCUGUGGGACCAGGUGUCCCGCCGCAGCUCCCUGAGCGCCCUCUCGUUGGCAUCCAGCGUACGGCCAAUCACGAAGGAAGAGAAAGAGAAGGAAAACAACAAAAAGAGCUCGCCGACCAAACCGGCCACUCGUCGUGCCCCGGUCCCUGGCGGGGCACGGCCGGUCGAGAAGGUGCUGCCGGACGGGCUGAACUUCUCCGGUGCCGGCGGUGUGGCCGGCAGCCGCAGCCGCAAGGAAGCAAUCCGCCAUCACUUGGAACGCACGACAGGGCCCGACGUCGAGGACGGGGCCCUGUUGCCAUCGCCGACCCGCGAGAAGCUGAUGCCGACGAUACCGCGCUCGAAGGCCGACAGCCCGCAGCGGGGCAGCCCCUCGAAGACGGCCCUCUCGCGGCACGGAAGCCCGCAGAAGGGGAGCCCGCAGAAGAGCAGCCCCAAGAAGGUGUCCGGCAAGGGUCGAUCGCAAUCCGUCGGACCGGCCGUAGCCGGGGGCACGGCCGGGGAGGGUGGUGUCACCGCCCCGGCACCGGGAUCACCCAAGCGGCAGAUCCGCUCCGGCAGCACGGUGGCGUCCGCGACGGCCGCUUCCUCCGCGAAAACGCACAAGAAGACCCCGACGUCGGCGACCGCGCCGGCCAUCGCGCACAAUCCCCCGCACGCCGGCGCGCAACCGGAACGUAGACCCCGCCCGACGUCCCUUUCCACCACCAAUCAUUCUCGCUCGAAAAGCAGCACGCUGCCCGCGAGCCGCCUCCACCCUCCGCAUACCACCGGCAUUCUCACGAACCUCACCAACAACAAUCAUCUUCCCAAUGCAUCACCAUCAUCAUCCGCUGCCGUCGCCAUCAGUGCCCCGGUAGCGAGCGCUGCCGCCCGCGCCAAGCUCUCCCUGGCCACGGGUGGUGGGCCUGGCGGUAGAAGGCAGCAGGCGGCGAUGGGUGGCGGGCCGGCCGGGGCGCGGCCAACGAAACCCACCAGCCUGGCCAGCGACUCCUCCGCCCCUUCUUCCGCGUCCAGCACGCUAAGGAAGCGGGCGCGGGUGGCCGCCGCUGGCGGAGGCGGCGUGGGCGCUGGUGGCCGGGGCAGCGGCGGCACCGCCGCCAGAUCGGUCGAAGCGGACAAAACAAAAUUGCCCACCGGAAAUGUCGAGGAUGCCGACAAGGACAGUGUCGUUCCGGCGGUUGCCGGUACCACACCGAGCGCGCUGCCGCCGCCACCAGAGAUCCUGGAGCAGAUAAUCAAAUCGCCGCCGGAACCGACGCGCGUCAAGUCACCGGAGCAGAUCAUUAUGCGUUCGCCGGACCCGGUCAACUGGACGGUGCCGCUCGAUACUGGGAAAACGUUCACCGUCACCCAAAACGUUCGGGAAGGCGAUCCGAUGAUUCGUCCGCACAGUGAAAUCAAGGCGUCAACACCAGUGGACCAGCCGCCACCACCGCCACAGUCGGCACCUCCAGAGCUUUCGGAGCAAUCGAAAAUGCCCAACACCAAACUGGAGCCCAGCUCGAUCAAGGAGUCGGAAGAUGAAGACGAUGAUUUGCCGAGAUCGAAAUCAUCCGUUGCUUCGUCGAUCAACCCAACGUCGGUCGCCAUCUCGGAACCGAUGACGGUUUCGCAGCCGCCACCACCGCCACCAUCAGCCGUGGCUGAUGAUGGGCCGAAGAAGGCACUGGCUGACGCACCGCCAUCGGGCGUCCCGGAGUCGGCAGCAGCUGCCAGCGUUCCGGCCACAGAGUCUACGGCUCGCUUCGACAAACCCGUACCGGGAUCGACCCUUCGCUGUUUGGACGAUCCGGCGUUCGAGUCGGACAUCAACUCACCACUAGGCAAUCGAAGCGUCGCCACGGAAGUGUUGGACAAGGCCCGCGAUCGGUUCGAUCGCUUCUGGGGCAAUCCGAACGAGAAGCCGGACGAACCGUAAGGGGUCAAUGGAUCAGGAACCAGCCGGGAGAGGAAAGUCUACGUUGUCGCUCCUUUGGCAUUUCGGACUCCUGCCGCGCAAAGACGUCGAAGGUCGAAUGUAUUCGAUGGGUGGCACGCACGGGUGAGCCUUUCGUCAAUCCAACGCGGCCGUAACGGAACCUAAACCACACACACACACAUAAACAGCGAUAAAGGGCGACAAAAUCAUAGAAAACUUGACAGGGUAGUGGCGAACAGAGAGUGGUCGAAGGAUACUUAUCAAAGGGUCUAAACGUUCCAUAACGAUUGUUUUUCCGUUGUUUCUGUGCUUUCUCUUGAAACCUUCGUCGACGACGUGUUGGUCGGAUCGUCGCCGACCUCGGCCGAACACAACAAAAAGAAAGGAAAAAUAGCCACAUACAUACAGAAUAGUAUUGUUAUUUAAUGUUUAAUGGGGCAGUAAAAUGCAUCGGUCCAGCAUUCCGGUGCGCCGUCUGCAGGGCGGGGCUUUCCUCGUCUGUCUUCAUCUUAUGCGCCUAUACUACCCGUACCAUAGUGUGGCCGUUCCGUACCGAACCGCAGCCACCGCAGCAUCCUUAUGGCAAUCGCGCGCCACUAGGUGGGCCAAUCCUUCGAGAAGGUCCGCGGGGUGCUCCGCUAGCACCGAUAGCAGUUAGCAAACAUCAACAUCAGACAUACACCAACUCACUCAGUCUCUCACUCUAUCUCUCUCAGGGAAGCCGUAAGAGUACGUUUCAGCGUGUUCGGGAGGUUUCUCGUGCCGUCGUAGACAAACUGUAUAACGAACUGGGGGAACGUUAGGUAAUCAACGAAAGAGGUGACGGCAGCUUUGUAGGAUUAUUUUUAUGUCAAAUCCCAGCCGGGACGCGAUUAGUAGGCAAUGGUCUGCCCUUCCCCUAUUCUUGAGUGGUGCGUUCGAGUGGUGAAAAUUAAAAUGGACAGGAAAUGCCACUGUCAGCGUCAGCUGGGCGCUCUCGUUAACACGCAGCAUGGAUACGAGGCCGUCGGCGUCACGCCAUGCUCUCGGUAAACAAACCUACGCGAUGCCCGUGACAUGGACCGGACCCCGCCACGAUAAUUGCAUCAAUAAAUAGAGCUAUUAAUUGCGCCCAUGUGUAAACAGCCUGCAGUGGGCUUAGCAACGAGCGCUACCAAACUGCGCAGUUUCUCGUACGCGACCGCAACGCUGGAUUCCCGAUGGCAGCCAGCGCCACCACCAUUCAUUGCUUUAGUUUUCAUUCACGGGCACCACAGUGGGCCCAGUGGGGCAACCGAAGUAGUGCAGCCGAACCGUCUCAGAUCAACAAAUCAUCAUCCGUCUGCAAUGUUUUACAACAUUUGAUCGCGCGCCCGCAGUAUUUUGGGUCAAUCGCUUUUUCGCGCUUUUUCGCCAGAUUAGAUUUGUGAGGUAUUCAUUCGCUUGAUGUCGCUUUCGGCGUCACUCAGUUACUAGCCGAGCCGUAAGUGGUCUGAAAUGGGUUUCCUGUUUCGUCGUGAGGAGCAUACGGUAGCAUGGUUAGUAGCAUGAUACCAGCAUAGAGCAGCAGAUCAUCAACAACCCUCGUAGACGUACGUAGACGAACAGAGUCGGUGGAAAGCGACAAAAAGAACAAACUACAAAACUAAACACCACUGGACCGAACCACAAAACCCGGGACUGAUCUGACCCCGGGCCGUCCAUGAUUUUGCAACAUAACCAUUCAGACAUCUUUGGGGUAGGCUAGGCGCUAUAGAGACACACUAUUAGUUUCCGCCACAGGCGUUGGCCAUGUAGUUCAAUCGGACCACGAGACCGAAUGGCUAGUGCCGGUGUCUCGCCGAAGAAAUUUGUUCCACAUCCACAACAACAAAACAGCAUCGCAAACCGUGCCAUCUUUAUUUUUCGGGAAACAUUUUCACGAUUAGACGAUAUAAGCUCUCUCGAAGGACGAACGCAAGGCGAUAGAGAUGCGGCUCUCACGAAACCUCUUUACAAACGCGUGUAUUGACCUACCAAUUAAGGACAAACGGUCGGAGCUGGGCCAGCGUUUACUUGCUGAAGACGGGACGCUCAGAUAAGCUGUGAUGUCCCGAUUGGCCGCAAAAGGGGCGAACAAGACCCAACAACAAGCAUAUAUAGUGUAAACCGAACGAGGAUAAUUGUCACGCACGUGAUGUACGCCACCAUAACUUAAACACACAACCACAGCUUUCACCACACACCCACGAUUAGGACACGAUGAAGUGAGGCCCAUACAUAAACAUUCUAGCAAAUUGCAAGGCACCUUGUUAGCCACUUUUAACCAGAACACUUUUCGUACCAUUGCCAUGCGCCAUGUUGCGCCGGAAGUCAACGCAACGAAUCGAUUCCGUUAGUUGAUGCGCGGCUAGACCAUGGCUUUGACUUAACAGAAAAAAAUGAAACGAAUGGUACCGGUACCUACGAAAGGACCUGGGGACUGGGACUGGGUUUUGUCGCAACCGACGACAGAACUGCUGCGAAAUUAUGGACGAACUAAUAACAAAGUAUUUAACACAAACAACAACACACUACACUACUAGGGGCAGUGCUGAUUACUACUCGAUAAGAGAAGAGAAACUGAAACACUUACAAACAAACAAAAAUGUAACACACACGUAAAAACCGCUCUAUGUAUAAGCUCUAUUUAUCCGAUUGUUGCUGUGUUGCGUACCGCCUGUGUUUACUGUUUUCUGCCAAUUGGUUACGAUGAACACACAUUGUGCAACAAUCUGCAUCUCGUUCGCCGCUUCUCAUCGCGCUUGAUGGUUUAGGAAUGCGUUGCCGCGACGCUUAGGUGCGAAGCAAAAGGUAGUUUUGUUACUUGAGAUACUUGAACUGUUCGAACUGUGAGUAGAGAGGAAACGCAGCUCAACUGGCCGCGCGCGUCCUUAGUGAUGUAUAGAGGAAACCUAGCAUUACUACCAAGGGCCACCCGGAGGAGACCCGGGGUGGCAGUUAUGUCAUAAACUUCAUGCUAUAAACUGCUGCAAGCGAUUACAAAAAGCUAAAUGCUUCUACUUUGUGCGACAAUUACGUUUACGACCGGUUUUCCAACACAGAUAGACUUGCCGGUUGCGAGAAUGGUUAGAGGGUAUUACAAAACGCUAACGAAGACGAUAACACACAAACGAAAAUUGCUAGGAAUGAUGAUGCUGAUAGGAACGAUUGUGAUUUGGUAUGGGGAAAAUUUAUACGAAAUUUUACAACGGAACCGUUCUUUUGAUAGACGAUUAUGUUGAGAACAGGGAUUGAUCGAUAAUCGUGCGUGCUGCAGCUAGUUUGCCGGAGUGUAACCGGUUCGGUUGUCUAUGUUAUCGGUUUUAUAUUGGCUUGGUGGAAGGUAUUCCGGACAGUUCUCGGUGGGGUUUAACAAUUUAGUGGACGUGUAAUGCCAGUUAUGCAACGUAAUGGAUACAAUAUUGAUUAUGAAAUAAACACUAAUACUCUCUUUACGAUGCUUAACGGAAAAUUAGAGGGAAAAGGUGACCAUGGCUAGUGCAACGAUAGGGGAACCCGUGCCGAUGCACCGUAGUACCGGUGUGAUAGAUGCGCAUAAGAAACCACAAAAACAAAACACAUACACAGACAACUACACAAAAACAAUUCAGCUAAUUCGUGACACGAAACACCGUUUGUGGAUCGGGAAACAAAGGAGUGAAACUAUGUCAAAUUUGAUGGCCGACACGAUAUUGUUUUACGAUAGCCCCUUGGACCGAACAAUGAAAUUACACCGUUCUGCUUACGAAGCCAUCGGCAGUAGAACGAGUGAGAACUAUUUAAAAUAAAGGCAGCGCAAACGAAUUACCAUAACACACAGAAUGCAGCAGAAACACUUCAAUUUACCAUACACAGUCCGGAGGCAUCACUGACGAGACACGAAUAUAUGGAGCAAAUAAAACAAAACGAAAAUCGUCAUCGUCAUAACAUUGCAAACCAAAUUCACAGAACCGGAGUUACGAUUAUGUCAAGUCUAGAUUUUAAAAUUCAA